AUGGAAGCUGGCUUCGAAACAACUCCUGGAACAAGAAGAGUUGUAGCUCUCCAGUCCAAUAUAAGAUCGCCUUAUAUGCAAGACCCAGCAAAGACUCCUCAUCUUGCAACAACUCCAAGAAAUGAUGAAGAUACUUCCCAAAUUUAUGCUGCUUGCAUUGAAAACGGAACCAGAGAAGUUGGAAUCGCGAUGUUAAGCCUACAUCCUCCUUCACUGUCAUUAUACCAGUUCUCAGACACUUCGCUGUAUUCUUACGCUAACAACAUCCUUGAAGUUACAUCUCCUUCCAAAAUCCUCGUUGUUCAAUCACCAGUCAAGUCUGCUUUUACUCAAAUACUCUCCGAAAAGUACGAUGAUACAAAGAUUGUCAAUAUUCCUCGUUCUCAGUUCUCAGAUUCGAAAGGUAUAGAGUUACUCAACCAACUUUCGAACUGUCCGAACGAAAUAUUUGGCUCUACAACACCUACAAAGAACAGAUACCUCUGUCUCUCAUCAGCAAAUGCAGUAAUCAAUUACGCUCUUAACAAUGAAAACAUCCAGAUCUAUCCUUCCUCGUUACGCACUGUAUUUCAUCCAUUGGAAGGACACUUGAUGAUUGAUCCAAUGUGCCUCACAAAUUUCAAUAUCAUCACUGCUCCAAAAUCAAGUCUACUCAGAUUUUCAACAUCCAAGAAAAAUUUGGCAACACCGUCACUUUUUAAUUUCUUGGAUAGAACGAUAACAACAAAUGGAGAAAGGUUUUUGAGGUCAAAUUUGGCUGCACCACCUUCAGAUCCAAGACACAUAAAUCUAAGACUUGAUUUCGUCAGAGAAUUGGCAGAUAAUGAUGAAUUGAAAAAUGAAAUCAAGAAUUCCUUGAAAGGAAUUGAUGACUUAGAUCCAGUUAUCACUUAUCUCGUUGCAAAUCAUGCAAAGAAAUGUCAGCCAUCUUUCAGUCUAGAUGUAAUUUUGAAACUUUUGACAGUGUCAAAAAACAUGUCAAAAAUACAUGAUUGUUUAAGUCAAAUGUCAAAUGUUUUGGCAAAAUCAUUGACAGGCGCAAUCGAACAAAGUAAUUUUGACAAAAUAAUCGAAGCUUUGUCAGAUUUUGAUGAUACUUUUGACAAUGACAAAAAACAAUACAAAGGUGACAAUUCAAAGUAUAUUUACAUUGUCAAAAAUGGUCGUAAUUCUGUUUUAGAUGUUACAAGGAAGACAUAUGACAAGACAAUUGAAGAAAUAUACAAUUUGCCACAAGAAAUAUUUGACAAAUACUCAAUAAAAUGUCAAAUCAAGUUCAACAAAUCAAGAAGAUAUCAUAUCCAAAUCAAGAAAAGUGACAUGGACAAAAAUCAAUUGAAAUUACCAAGUGAGUUCAUUUUUGUCACUUCUUCUGAUUCAUAUAUCUCCUGCACAACGCAAGAACUCCUGAUUCUCAACAAAUCAAAUGAAUCUUCUGAAUUUGACACAAUUUCUGUUUCUCAGAAAUUUGCGGAAUCAAAAAUGAACAAUAUCAGAGAAUUCAUUUCAUCAAUUUAUUCAAUAAGUGAAGCCAUCGGAUUUAUUGAUUUCCUUUAUUCACUUGCAGUUGUCACAAGCGAAAUGAAGAAUGCAAAUAGACCAAUUAUUGAUGAAAAAAUGACAUCAAUCAAAAUGGUUGACGGAAGAAAUCCCGUCAUGGAAAAAAUAUUCCAAAACAAACUCUCUGAAAACAUGUCAAAAAUACUGACAAGUGACAUGAAAAAUGAAUUCAUUCCAUUGUCAAUUUAUUUGACACCUGUCAAAAAAAUCUCGAUUUUGAGUGGUGUCAAUGCCAGUGGCAAAACAACAUUGUUACAGACAAUUUGUUUGAAUUUGAUCAUGGCAAAUACAGGAUGUUUUGUUCCAUGCAAAGAAUUGUCUGUUCCAAUUAUUUCCUCUCUUUUUAUCAAAUCAAGUCAAGUUAAUGAUUACAUUGAGAGUGGAACAUCAUCAUUCAAACGAGAAAUGAUGGAAUUAUCGAAUAUUUCGAUGCAUUCCGACCAACGAAGUUUAGUUUUGAUUGAUGAACCAUGUAGUUCUACAUCAGCACUCGAUGGCUGCUCAUUGGCAUGGACAUUGAUUGAGAAGUUGAUAAUUAAUAAGUCAUUCGCAAUUAUUUCAACUCAUUAUAGAGAAUUGGAAGAAAUGUCAAAUAUUUACAAAGAAGUGAACUCAAAUCAAAUGAUAAGUGAAGUGAAUUCUGAUGGAAAAUUUUCAUUCACAUACAAAGUAGGAGAAGGGAAUUUGAGUGAAAUGAUGUACGGAAUCAGAGCCGCACAAGGAUUUUUACCUUCAGAUGUAAUUUCUUAUGCAAAAGAAGUUUAUGAAAACAUUUCUGUUCCAAAAGAGAAGAAAAAGAAAAUGUCUGGAAAAAAUGCUGCUGCAGCUUUGAUCCAAAGAAUAAUCAACUUAAACACAACAAAUCUCGAUAAUGAUGGAUUAAGAGCAUGUCUUACAUCCAUAAGAAAAAGAUGCUCCAUCAAAUGA